AUGUUUCCUCAAAAUACCUACUUUUACAUCAAGUCUGUGCAAAACGGUUGUGUCAUUGACGUCUACAACGGCGAAACCUCUGCUGACACCGAGCUCAUCAUUUGGCCACAAAAAUACAAUGACAACGAGAACCAGCUCUGGCGCUUCGAAGGUGGCUAUCUCAUCAACCAAAAGUCUAACUUGGUGAUGGACAUUCGAGGCGGUGAUAUCACAUCGGACAAGCCCAUCAUUCAGUAUGAUCGCAAGCUGACAGCUGCCGAAAACCAGCGAUGGGCUUAUUCAAAUGGCUUCGUACAUGUUGCUUCCAACCCACGUCUUGUGCUUGACAUCAAGGGUGGUAGUGACAAGAAGGGUACCAAGGUUAUUCUUUACGAGCGCAAGGAUAGUGACAACGCCAACCAACAAUGGACCAUUGAGCCAUUUGGCCAACCAAGUGACCCAUAUGGUACAGGAGCUGGUGCUCAAACCAACCCCUAUGGUGGCAACCCAUAUGGCACUGCAGCCCCACCUCCCCAGCAGCAACAGCAGCAACCCCCACAAACCAAUGUGUAUGGCAAUCCAGUGACGCCUUACGGUGGCAAUGAUCCUUCUCAGCCUGGUAUGCCAGGCACAUGUGUUCCUGGUUAUACACCUUAUGGUACACCUGCUGGUGGCCUUGCUGGUUACAAUCCUCCUGUUCCCUAUGAGCAAGCUGAAGAAUUGCAUCGUCAAGUGUAUCAGGAAAAACCAGAGAAAAAGGCACACUUGUCCCAUCAGCUCAUUGCUGGUGCCGCUGCAUUUGAAGCUGUCAAGGCUUAUCGUCGACAUCAAGAAGCUAAAGGUGAAGAAGUCUCACAUAGUUUUAUCAAGCAAAGUGUGGCAGCUCUUGCAGCUUCUCAAAUUGUAAAGUUUGCUGAAGAGCAUGAUUGGAGCUCCAAGGACAAGGAAGAAGCCACUCGUCAAGCACAAGCAGCUGCUGAACAUUACUCUACUAGGGAAUUUGGUGGUCAUUAA